AUGGGGACUUCAGGGUCAACAUGUGGGGGAACAUGUGCAGAAGAAGAGCAGAGAACAGAAGUCACUGCUCGAUCACCUACAGCCCAAGACGACUUGAUUUUACGUUCUUCCGUAUCUAAACAAUCGCCCUCGAUCGAUCGACGUCCGGUGAAGCCAUCCAUUGACGUUCAACAAGGUGAUUUGGCUAGUACAAAAACUGAUGUAAUCAUUGUAUGUUCGACAUCAAAUUUUCUACGUGAGAAUAUUCUUAAAUUAGGUGGUGAUGCUAUACAGACUUCUUAUAACACUCAGUUAAAAAAUAACACUACAAACUCUCUUAUUACCGUUGCAACUAACAGAAAAUUUCCUUCAAAACAAAUCUAUUUUCUUCCAUGUAAGUGUAGCGAAGAUGAGAAUCUGCUUCGUGAUGCACUGAAAAAUUUUCUUGCUACUGUUAUCAAAGCUGCUACAGCUGCAAAUUAUCAAAGUAUUGCAUUUCCAGCUAUUGGUUGCGGUAAAAUGGGUUGUUCAGUUCAAUCAGUUGCCGAAAUAAUGGUUAGUGAAGUUCGUUGUCGAAUCAAGCAAUAUCCAAUUUCUGUUUCAUUCAUAAUACAACCAGAAAAACAAGAUAUCUAUGAUGAAUUUCAAAAACAAAUUAAUUCAGAUCAACCAUUGAAAAAGAUUCCAAACACAAGAACAAUCUCCACAUCCAUUAGAAAUGCCACUAUUGAAGUUACUAUGGGUGAUAUCAUUACACAAAAUGUAUUGUUGAUAGGUCAUUGUCAAGUCGAUGUGAUUGUAAUCAAUUCAUCAGCAGAAAUUCUAAAAGAAACAAUAUUGAAUACAGCUGGUGAUGAUGUUCGUCAAUCGUUUAACGCACAAAUAGCGAGUAAUCCGAAUGCAUUACUAACUGUCACUUCAGCAGGUCGAUUAUCUUGUAAACAAAUUUUUUUCUUACGAUGGAAACCGAAUGUUGAUGAAUCAAUUCUUCGACAAUCAAUUGUUGAUUUUAUGUGGAAUGUUAUUCAAAAUAUUCUUCCGCAUCAUUACACAUCGAUUGCUUUUCCUGCUAUUGGAUGUGGAAAAAGUGCAUGUACAGUGAAUAUUGUUGUUAAAACAAUGGUUAGCGAAAUUAAGAAAGAGAUUCAAAAACGAAAUUUAACUUUAAAAGUUAGAUUCGUAAUUGAGCCUCGACAAGUGAAUGUCUAUGAUGAAUUUUGUAAACAAGUCUUAGCAUCCGAGGUCGAUAGAAACACAACCGACGAUACCCUACCCUCUACAUGGGAAUCACCAACUGGAAACAAAAUAUGCUUUAUAGUACCGAAGACGUCUAAUGAAUGCAAGACUAUUGCUGCUGAUUUUCGUCGAUCAAUGCAAGGUAGCGACAAGGAAAUAAUUAAAAUCGAGCGAAUUCAAAAUCCACGAUGGUACAAACAGUAUUUAGUUCAUAGAGAAGAUUUUCGAAAAACACAUGGUAACGACACCGAAAAAGUUUUGUAUCAUGGCUGCCCUGAAAAUGCGGCGUAUGCAAUUGCCGCCGAAUGUUUCAACAGAAGUUUUGCAGGAAAAAAUGGAACGGCUUAUGGUGUGGGUGUCUACUUUUCAUCAAAUGCAGCGUACAGUCAUGGAUAUGCUCAUCCAAAUUCAAAGGGAGAACGAUUUAUGUUUAUUGUACGUGUUCUAAUUGGAAAAACGACAGCAGGAAAUAGUUCAAUGAAAACUCGACCUGUUGGAUUCGAUUCAACAACAGAUGGAAAUCAUAUUUUUGUAACAUACCAUGAUGCACAAGCUUUUGCUGAAUAUCUAAUCACUUAUAAAUAG